AUGAGCGACGCGUUAUUGCGACUGUCGGAUCCAUUCCCACCCGCCGUGCCGCCCAGCCCGUCUCCGCCAGCGGCGGACGGAAGAAGCCGCGGCGCCGAGGCAGACGUAUUCGCAGGCGCAAAGACAGGGGUCGGAGGAGAGGCGGAGGGCGAGGGGUUGGCGGAUGGCGGCGGAGAGGCGGAGGGCGAGGGGUUGGCGGAUGGCGGCGGAGAGGCGGAGGGCGAGGGGUUGGCGGAUGGCGGCGGAGAGGUGGAGGCAGAGCGAGGAAGCGUGUCAGCAAUGCUCGUCCGCGGGCUUUGCGCGUCCCCCCCAACCCCUGCGCGUUCUCCUUUGCGCGCUCCUCGUGCGCCUGCCCGCAGGGACGACGAGGGCGAGGAGCGCGGGGGCUGGGCGCACGAAGAGCAGGCGCGCGGGGAGCAGGGGCGUGCGCGCGAGUGGGAGGAGGCGGAGCGGCAGAGCCGCGAGGUCAAGCUGGGACUGCACCCGCUGCAGGUGCGCUUCCGCAUUGUGACUGUAUCGAAAUAUUUUAGACAGGUGUCUGCAUUUGCAGAGCUUCACCGAGUGAAUCGAGUUCUUGCAUUGAGCACCUCCAUCCGUCCACCCCUCCAUCCCCGCUGCAAGCAGACGCGCUACGUGGUGUGGUACACGCGGCGGCAGCGGCAGCCGCCCGGGCAGCGCAGCGCGACGUCGUAUGAGGACAGCAUCCGCCGCAUCGCUGACUUCAGCACUGUGGAGGGGUUCUGGGGGUGCUACUGCCGCAUGGUGCGCCCAUCCGCGCUGCCCGCCCCCACGGACGUGCACGUCUUCAAAGACGGCAUCCGCCCGCUCUGGGAGGACGGCAUCCGCCCGCUCUGGGAGGUGAGCGCGCGCCCGCCACACCGCUCAACCCUCUCUCCUGGUCUUCGCCUCCUGGCCUCUUCUCUUCCCUCUCUGUGCCCAGAUGCGCCAGCCCGCCCUGCUGAUCCCCUCCUCCACCUCUGCCCCUUCUUCUCGUAUGCAGCAACCUGUAGCUUACCCCCUCUCUUCGCCCUCUGUGCGUCCACCCCCCCUUUCCCUCUCCCCCCUUCCUCCUUCCGUUAUCCAUACGUCCCCUCCUCCCAACCCCCGUGCCCCCCUGUAGGACGCGCACAACCGGCGGGGGGGCAAGUGGAUGGUGCGCCUGAGAAAGCCGCUCACUGCGCGCAUGUGGGAGCAGCUGGUGAGUUGUUGCAAGGAGGGGCAGCGAUGAACUCGAGAGAGAGGGGGCAGAUGUUGAUGGCGGUGGCGGGGGAGCAGCUGGAGGGCGCCGAGGAGGUGUGCGGGGUGGUGCUCAGUGUGCGCUUCGGUGAAGACAUUCUCUCCAUCUGGAACCGCUCUGCACCGCACAGCCUGGCGCGGGACAGGCUGUGUGAGUCGAUUCGGAAGCACCUCAACCUUCCACCAUCCUACACCAUGGUGAGACAUGCCUUUCGCCUUCAUGCCAUCCAUCACCCCCUCAUGCUAUCCACCACUCCCUCAUUCUGCUUGUCUCCAUGUGCCCUCGCGUCCUCACCUGCCCUUGCCUCAUCCCUGCCCUCACCUCCUCCCUGCCCUCACCUCCUCCCUGCCCUCACCUCCUCCCUGCCCUCACCUCCUCCCUGCCCUCACCUCCUCCCUGCCCUCACCUCCUCCCUGCCCUCACCUCCUCCCUGCCCUCACCUCCUCCCUGCCCUCACCUCCUCCCUGCCUGUGACGCCACCAGGAGUACAAGCCGCACGACGCCUCACUCAAGGACCAUUCCUCCUACCGCAACACCUGGGUGCGCACAUAGCCCACGGCCACUCUGCCCAGCGUGCUCGGCAAGGAGACAAGAGUGGGUGUAGCAUACCGUAG